AAAUAAUAAAUUAUUAUAAGUUAACGUUAAUAUUAGUUAAACGUUAAAAAAGUGUUUUAUAACGUAGAAUAGUGUAUGAUACAAAACUAAUUGAUGCAAGACUUGAUAAAAAAAGUUGUCAAGAAAUCUAGCUAAAUAAAAUGUUUAACCAAAAGUUGUAUAAUACUAAGUACCAUUGUGAUGAUUUAUCACGGUUUAAAUUUCUCGUAACAGGAGGAGCGGGAUUUAUUGGCAGCAAUAUCGUUGAAUAUUUAAUCAAAUUCAACGCAGGCCAUGUUAGGGUUCUUGAUAAUCUUUCAAAUGGGUACUUUGAAAAUAUAAAAGAUUUUAUGGAUUUACCAAACUUUGAAUUUAUUGUUGGCGAUAUUAGAGACUAUAACACCUGUAAAAAAGCACUUGAGGGAAUUGAUUUUGUAAGUCAUCAAGCUGCUUUAGGAUCAGUUCCGAGAUCCAUUGAUGAUCCAAUAACAUCAAACGAUGUAAAUGUGGGUGGGUUUUUGAACAUGUUGCACGCAGUUAAAGAGUCGCCACAUGUUAAAAGAAUGGUUUAUGCAGCAUCUUCUUCAACCUAUGGAGACAGUCCAAGUUUACCUAAAAUUGAGGGAAAUGAAGGAAACCCAUUAUCUCCUUAUGCCGUUUCAAAACUUGUAAAUGAAUUAUACGCAGAUGUUUUUAGUAAAGUAUACGGAUUACAUACAAUUGGAUUGAGAUACUUUAAUGUAUUUGGCCCAAAACAAAAUCCUAAUAAUCCAUAUGCUGCAGUAAUACCAAUUUUUUGCAAAGCUUUUUUAGAAAAAACUGCUCCUACAGUCAAUGGAGACGGCCUGACCAGUAGAGAUUUCACUUUUGUAGAAAAUGCAGUUCAAGCUAAUAUUAAAGCAUUGCUUUUUGAUGGUUUGGAAAAACAUGAAGUAAUGAAUAUGGCUUGUGGUGACCAAGUAAGUCUUAAUGAAAUGAUUGAAAUCUUAAAUAAGAUAAGUAGCCAAUCAAUAAUAGCAAAUUAUGGUCCUGAAAGAAAAGGUGAUGUUAAACACUCAAAAGCAAGCAUUGAUAAAAUUAGAACAACAAUAAACUACGAACCAUUGUUUAAAUUUGAAAAAGGAUUAGAAAUUGCUUUCGAUUGGUAUAAAAGUAAAUACCAAUUAAAUUUGUAAUUAAAAUAUAACCUUUUUUUUACAACUUAUUUUUUUUAAUAGUAUACAAGUUUUUUUGUUUUUUUUAAUGGCAGCAAUCUUAUUUUAAUUUGGUGUAUCUUAAAAAUAUUUAAUUCUAUUUCCUGAAAAUAUAAGUGGUUUAUUCUUAAGUAAAUUUAAUUUAUUAAAAACUGUAGAACCUGUUAAGGCUGUUGGUUAUUAUUUAUUACUUUAUUAUUUCCCUGCUUUUUUAGCACAUUAUGUUUUUAUACGAGUCCUCGUUUGCUUUUGUAUUAAAGUAGUAGUAAUAAUGUAUUACGUAGUAAAUUUUUUUAAUUUAAAUCUCUGCUUUAUAUUUUAUAUUAAAAAUGAUAAUGGAUUACUUCUACUAAUAAUGAGAAGAUGUUAUUUUUCGUGUAAUUAAAACCGCUAUCUUUAUAA